UAUGUAUUUGCAAGUGAUGAGGCCAGCUCAACAAAGAGCACUCGUAGUAGAAUGACAGUGUGUAUGUUUUAAGGUGAUACUGUAUAUUCUCAAAAUUGUGUUGAAGAUUUUUGGAAAGUACCAAUAACUUGGGAGAAGCUUCGUCAAGGCUGCAGAAUGCAGACGCCAGGCAAUAUGGCAAACCAGGGAAGCCCAUGGGACCAGGGGAAUAGAAGCAAAGCCCAGCUGCGUUUUGGAGAUAGAAUGGCCGUCCCUUCUGACAAGGAAUUAAAUGACUUACUAGACUUUAGUGCUAUGUUUUCCCCACCGGUUCCCGGUCAACCAAUGAAAAAUGGCCCAAAUCCACCUCCGGAAUCUACUAUGUACCCAGGGUACAAAGGAGGAAUGGAAGAGGGUGGAAACUGGGGACCUGGCGGUCAGCAGGGUUCUGGAUAUGAAUCUCGAAUGUAUGAUGGACAAAAUUAUAAUGGUCAACACAGUGGAGAAAAUAUGCCUUUUAUGAAUAACAGUGAUAUGCCGACAUUGAUGAACAAGAGUUCAGAUUAUCGGUCUAGUUAUUCGUCCCGAGAAGGCCCAGUACAACAGGGAAUGAUUGGUGGUAAUAAUAUGCCGUUAUCGCCCGACUCCAUUGCUUCAGCAAAACCUACAGUUCCGCCUUAUUACAACAGUAAACGACCAAUGGAUGAGUACAACAGAGGUCGACCUACAGGAAAAUUCACCCCUCCUGAUCAUGGGAAAAGGCGAAAAACUGGUGUUGUAUAUUCCCCAAGUCCUGAUGACUUCCACCAGGAUUCACCCCGCUAUCAAGGCACGGGGAACUCACCCAAACCUAUGUCCUAUUCAGACUACUUCAUUGAACCUCAGUCACAUAGUUCAGGAGACCCGUGGUCUUCCAGUAACCCGAUGCCUUCAUCCUCCUACCAAGCUUCCAUCACAAGUGGUUCACAUUAUUCACAAAACUCCCCUUAUACCAGUAUGCACCAUCCACAUGAAACAGGCUACCAUCCUGUGUCACCCAAUCAGGAAUCUCUCAUGUCGUCCGGUCUUCCCCCAAUGUCCACGUUCCGAGGUGGACCUGCCAUGCCCAACACUUCCACUGCAUAUUCUACAACAUCGUCGUCCGUCAAUGGAUCCGAGAUGAUGUCGAAUCGGCCGCAGGGCGGUUCACAGACUGGUGAUGCACUAGGCAAAGCAUUAGCAUCAAUAUAUUCAACGGAGCACACAAAUUCUAGUUAUGGAGGGUCUAACCCAUCCACCCCUGUGUCCUCACCCCCACCAAUGUCAGCUGGUCCCAAUCCCAACUGGCAUCGCCCCAGUAAUACUAGUACUACCUCGCCUCACUUUGAGAGUCAUCUCCACUCACUGACUGGUCAGAUGGAGGAGCGCCUCAGCCAAGCCAUUCAAAUACUGGGAGAACAUGGCCCCAACCAGCAAAGCAAGAUGGAGGAGAGACUUGACGAUGCUAUUCAUGUUCUACGCAACCAUGCCGAGCACCAACCAGGGAUGCCGAGUCAUCUGGGGAUGCCGGGAAUGUUGGCACCUGGACAGUCCAAUGGAAUUCUGGGAAAUAUGGGGGGCUACCCAGGAAUGGGCAUGAUGCAAGGACACAUGGAUGCGCAUAUGCAGGGAAGUCACCCAUCGAUGUCCGAGAACAGAAGUCAAAGUGGAGGAAUGUCUGCAUCGUCAACAGAUCAGUCCAAAACAUAUGAAAAUCUACGAAGUGACCAAACCCAGGAACCUAACACAGAUGGAUCCAUCAAAGUUGAGAUGGCUGAUAAGAACAUAGAAAAUGACAAUAAAGGCGACAGCCUCCCAAAACGACAACCAAAGGGUCAACAAAUUCAACUCCGCCUACAGGAAACCCCUUCCUCGAAAAGGUCAAGGUCAAAAGUGGACGAUGAUGACAACCUGUCAAGGUCAAACAUGGACGACGAUGAUUUAAGCGAAGGCGAUGACAAUGAGAGCCCCGAAGGUAAACAGGAACGUGAACGUCUCCGCAGACAGGCUAACAAUGCCAGAGAAAGAGUGCGAGUGCGGGACAUCAAUGAAGCGUUCAAGGAGCUGGGUCAGAUGGUCACCCUGCACUGCUCGUCCAGUCAGCCGUUGACGAAGCUGAUGAUACUACAGCAGGCCGUCAACGUCAUCACCUCGCUGGAGCAGCAAGUCAGAGAACGCAACUUGAACCCAAAAGCAGCUUGUCUUAAGAGACGCGAGGAGGAGAAAUCAGACGAUAUGCCUGGUCGCAUGAAUGCAGACGAUAUCGCCCAGCAGGCAGCCCUGGCAGGUAGUGCUGCCUUGAUGGGCCGCAUGGGGGCAACAGCUAGUUCCAACCGGCUGUCACCAGGGGGCGUGCUGCCCACCACUACACAUGGUGCCUAUACUAACGUCUACCUUCAACCAGGCCACCCUUCGGACGGUCAGGAAAACCGACUUGAUCUCGGUAUGCCGCCAGUGUCAGAUGCCGCGGUGAAGCUCGGGCAACAGGCCAACAGGAAUACGCUAAGCUUGUCUGACUCGGUUGCCCAUGCUGCCGGUGUCUCCGUCAGCUCUGCGGGGCAUGUAGGAGCCAGUGGGGGCCAGAUGGUAUCCCCCCUCACGGACUCGAACGCAGACACCCUUGGGGGCAGAUUUUCAGUUGAUCAGGGUCCACCCUAGCAGACUUUGCCCCCGUUUUCUAUCGAGAGAAUGAACGGAAUGUGUGUUAUGUUUCAGGAAUCCUGCCUACCUGUCUAAUACAUUAGCGUUAACGAUUAUUUGAAGAAGAAAAAGACAACUGUUCCAAACAAAAAAAAAUAAACUCAGCCUAGCUGACCAUUGUUAGACUUCCAGUGCCAUCGCCAUGACGAUAGUGUUGCCAUGACGAUGACAGAUUUGUUGUGUUAUGUAAUUCUCAUUGAGUUUACCUGAGCCUGUGGCCGGAAGGAGGGCCAGGAGAGAUGUCGAUUUCAGAACGUGUACAUUUGCCCUGAUGGAUUACCCAGAAUUCAUUGGCUGUACCAGGAUCAACGUAAUGGAGAAGUCAAGCUUUGUAUGAGAAUCAAGCAUGCAUAGUGUCCAAAGUUCAAAAAUCCUUCUUCCGAUACUUCUGUUGGUAUUUGAACGAUAGCAUUGGUUGGACUUCGUCAACACAGAAGGAACAAGAUGGUCACUGUUUGCAAUAUUCUGAGCUGCUACGUCAUGAUUCAGGCCAGUUCUGAUGUAAUGGAAAAUUGGGACACUGUGAGACUGUAACUGAUCUCCUGAUUGAUAUUUGAAUCAGUCGAAAUACCAGACUUUGAGAAUCAGCAUCGGUCAUAUCAAGGCGGCCAUGUUGGAUUUCUCAGCCAGUGACAUUUAAGCAAUGCAGGAAUUGUGCAGCCUGAUUGGUUGAUCUGAACAGCUUUGUAGAGUAGUAGUGUGUGAAGUGACAGACUACACUGGGGAUUGUUUAUGCAUUAGAUGAUUGAGUCUUUCACUUGUCAGUAGGAUGGGAGUUAUCUCCCCUUCUUCUUUGCCAACUGUUGGUUAUCUCCCUUUAUAAGUUUUAAGCAAAAAUGUUUAACCUUUGUUAGCAAUGGUUUUUAUGGAAGUAUGGGGUAACAAAAUGUUGAAAUUUGUUUGAAUUUUUAAAGUUGUAUUUACAAUCUGUUUUAACCUGUUAUUUACAACUAUUUUAUCCGGCAAAGAUAUUUUGCCAGGGGAUUGAUUCAUUCAGAGCGAAGGGUCAACAAGUGAAAGUCUCAAUCCAAACAUUAGCCCAUAAUCAUAUUGUAUAUUAUAUCACUGUUAUCAUCGACAUGCAUCAAUCACCAUAGCAACAAGACAUCUUAUGUCAUACAUUAAUGCAUAAUUCUCCAUAAUGGAACAAGCUAGAGGCUGAUUGGUUGCCAACGGGGAUGUGUCGUAUCAAAUAUUGUGACAGCCAGCUAAGAACAAGAUAUAGUUAAUAGUCCUUGUUCUUGUUGAGGCUGCCGGAGCUGACAGUGGUUUGUUCAUGGUGGCAUGGUGCGCCCCUCCGGCGGGGAUAGUCUAACUAUGAUUUUGUUUGUGUUCAUGUAGAUGUAUUUAAGUGAUAUUCUACUUUUUUGAGCACUAUUUUACACAAAGUUGGUG